CAAACACUCACACCAGUAACCAAACCAUCAACCCAAGAACCACCAAGAAGAAAAAGAAAGAAAGAAAGAAAUCACCCAAAAUGGACUUCCUCCACGACGCCAUCAAAAAACACACCUCCUCCGGCGGUACCGACAGCGACGACGAAUUCAACCCCGCCCUCAACCACGCCCAAUCCUCCGACCCCAACGACAGCACCUCCCGUGAACUCUUCUCCCAAGCCCUCCAAUUCAUCAAGUCCCGCAAAUCGUCAUACCAGGAUACCAGCUCCUACGACAUCGACGAGUCGCACAUGGUGCAGUCGCAUCAGGCGCUUUACGGGGGGAGUGGGGAGAGUGCGAGUUACUAUCAGGGCGGUGAUAUGGGAGAGCAGUAUGGUGGAUCCCAUCACCAGCAGAGUGGAGGACACAAUGAUUCGGAUUCGUUGGGGGCGGGCGCUGCGAUGCAGGCGCUGAAGAUGUUUACUUCUGGGGGUGGAAGUAGCUCGGAAGGAGGGGGAGGGGGCAGUAUGGAUAAGAAUGCGCUUAUUGGGAUGGCGAUGGCGCAGGCGGGGAAGCUUUGGGAGGAGAAGAAUAGUUCUGGGGGAGUGUCCGGCGAUAAACAAUCUGCCGUCAACAAAGCCGCGGAAAUGGCGCUCAAGAUGUACAUGAAGUCUGACGGGGGUGGGCUGGGGGGCACGGGUGGACCUAGUGGGUUGUUGAGCUUGGCGGGGAAGUUUUUGAAGUAGUUUACUAUGUACAUACUUUUUCUUGGUUUG